AUGAAUGUCCACGAGAGAGCUGCAGUAUUGCAUGGAUCCAGGCGGGGAUCGGCACUGUUAAGCAGUAACGAGCCUGCAGACACCUUUACUACAUGCUACAAGCAAAUCGAUUUACACACAAUGGCCCUGACGGAGACGACCCUAGAGGCCGUUUUAGAUGCCACGAAAAUGAGCACUAGCUACUAUCACAAGUUACUUUCUGUCUCUAGCUAUAUAACAAGGUGCAAUCACGGACUCUUUAUCUUUGUUCCAGGUAUGCGACUUAUUAUCACGAAAGAGUAUGCCUAUAUACUAUGUGAAGAAAGAGCUCCAUCAUCAUCAUCAUCUCUCCAAACCACCAAAUGGUAUGAGGAAUUGCACACUCUUCUUAAGGACUCAGCUGAAGUCUGUAAUAGGCAAUCUGACAAGUCCUUGGACAAGGCCCUUGUCAACCUUUUCAAUAUAAGUAGUAUUGGCACCGCCUCGUCUCCAGAAGCAGUUGUAACUUCAGCAGUGGUAGAUUUACUUUGUAAGUGGAACGCUAAAGAGUACGCAGCAAACAGACAUCAGUUCUCCAGCGCCCGUGAGGCCAAUAAUCUCAUUUUGAUGCAGGUAGCACUUCAGCAACACGAGCAGCAUAUUUCGAAACUCGACACUAUUCUAUACUGCGUAGACUACUUCAUAAACCAGAAGUUCUUUCCUUCUAACAAAGAGGAUAAUGAAGCCUCUUCAGCACUGGAUGAAAUCAUGAAUUUCUUGAAGUUCCUUAGUAGGAGUCUCUACGCCCUCAAGUAUCAAAUUGCAGAAUAUACAGAGUAUUCUAACCUGUACCUCAGCAAUUACAGAGAUACUCUUGAUCGCAAGCGCAACAAACUGAUAAAGAUCCAGCUACAUAUAACCUAUAUUUCGCUGGGCAUCGGGUUCGUUUCUCUGAUCUCAGGGAUCUUUGGUAUAAACUUGAUGAACUUUGCUAAUUAUCCCGAUGAGCCUCCACUGCCUUACUUGCAGUGGAGCCAGAUGGGUUCCUUUAAGCCGGUCCCCCUCUAUAUCAUCUGUCUUGUGUCGUUUGGGAUCUUUUCUAUUGUCGUAAGCAUGCUCACAUGGUACACGCGUGCAAAGCUGGAUUAUGAGGACAAGAGGUAA